AUGUCUGAAGGAAAAUUAGAGAAACCUGAACAAGACUUUACGCAACUUGUUGAUAAACAGUUACCAGAAACUGAGACAUUGGCCACGCAAGGGCUUCUUUCAGAAGCUUUAGAACAGUUAUUGGGACUUGAAAAGCAAACACGUCAGGCAGCUGAUUUAGCUUCUUCUACUCGUGUAUUAGUUCACAUUGUUAAAUUAUGUUAUCAGGCAAGGGACUGGAAAUUAUUAAAUGAAUAUGUAAUAUUACUCUCAAAGAAGCAUGGACAAUUGAAACAGGCAAUCACAAAAAUGGUUCAAGAAGUCAUGACUUAUCUUGAUGAUACACCAGAUAAACCAACAAAACUAGAGUUAAUCGAUACUUUGCGUACAGUUACUGAAGGAAAAAUCAGAGAGGAAGACGGCAAAAUUAAUGAGGCUGCUGAUAUUUUACAAGAAUUGCAGAAAAGGGAAAAAACAGAUUUUAUUUUAGAACAAAUGCGAUUAACUUUGGCAAAGAAAGAUUAUACAAGAAUGCAAAUUAUUAGCAAGAAAAUCAACACCAAGUUUUUUGCAGAUGUUGAACAACAAGUUUUAGAAAAUGUAAUUUAUUUUAUUAUUCUUUCGCCAUAUGAUAAUGAGCAAAGCGAUUUAUUGAAUCGUAUAUACAAAGAUCCUAAUCUUCAUUUUAUAACACCUGAACUGAUUCCAUGGUCUAUGAUCCAAGAAACAUAUGGUACAGCAUUGAGACAAACAUCGGUCUUUUUGCAAAAUGAUGAACAUGGAGAAAAACAUUGGCAAGACUUACAUAAACGAGUGAUUGAACAUGUACCAAAAUAUUAUAAAAGAAUCAGAACAAAAAGAUUGUCUCAAUUAUUGGAUCUUAAUGAUCAAGAUACUGAAGACUUUUUAUCAAAACUUGUGGUUUCCAAAACCAUUUAUGCAAAGAUUGAUCGACCAGCUGGAAUUGUUUCUUUUGCGGAACCUAAAGAUCCAAACCAAGUUUUAAAUGAUUGGUCAAAUAAUAUCAAUUCUUUAUUGGGUCUAAUUGAAAAAACAUGUCAUCUAAUUACAAAAGAAGAAAUGUUACAUAAAAUUCUUGAAGCAAAAUAUGUAAGUUGUUCAGAAAUUUUUGAUUUACGUGAUUUUCAUUUCAUUGGCCAGAAUUCUGCAAAUAGUGCAUUGGAAAUUUUAAGAAGACAUGGGAUUAACAGAGUAUUAUGUGAAGUAUUUAUGGAACCCGAUGACACGUAUUCUGAAAGAGAAAACGCAUAA